AUGGGAAGAGACUCUGAUUGUCAGCCUCCAGACUGGCUGAACAGAGGAUUCAUCACAGUCGCACUGAAGCCAGAGUACAGUGGUAAAUCCCCAAGGGUGACUUCCAUGACUGUGGAAAACGCUAACAAGACGCAGAGAGGCUAUACGAGCAGGCUGUACAGAGUGACCGCGAAAGUGGAAGUAGCAGCAGAGGCGGAAGUUCACGCAUGGCAUUUGAUAGUGAAGUGUUCCUAUGAGACGGGGAUCGUGUUGGAGGUCAGCAGGCUCCAGCAGCUGUUCCCCAGGGAGACGCUGAUGCUGACCAGCCUGGUGCCUGCCGUGCACGAGGCGCUGCGCCGCCUGCAGGCUGAGGCCGUGGGUCCGCGCUGCCUGCUGGCUGCCAGCUCGCCCGUCGACGUGCUGGUGAUGGAGGACCUGUCGGCCGCAGGCUACGUCCCCCCGCCAGCCGGCUUCCUGGACCUGGAGCACUGCCGGCUGGUGCUGGGCAGGCUGGCGCAGUGGCACGCCGCCUCCUGCACGCUGGAUCUGGACCGCCCAGACUCCGGCGCCGACCCCCUGCUGCGGCGAGACCCCAUCUGGCAGCCGCCUGUGGCCAGCCUGCUGCAGCCGUACCACAGGAAGCAGUUCCGCAGCAUCGGGUUCGCGCUCGGCAACUUCCCUGACUGCUACAAGUAUUCGGAUAAAUACAAGACAGACUCCAAGGAAUGGGUGGACAAAAUCGUGCAUGCAGUCACUCGAAGUUGUGCUCAGAGCGAUUUCAAAGUUCUGGUACAUGCCGAUGUAUGGAAUAAGAAUAUAAUGGUUAAGUACCGUGAUGGAAAGCCUGCCGACUUACGGUUUGUCGACUUCCAGGUGUCGCACCUAGCGAGCCCCGCACGCGACCUGGUGUUCUUCCUGUACGGCAACGCCAGCGAGCAGGUGCACCGCCACCACCUGUCCGACCUGCUGCUGGGGUACCACUGCGCCCUGAGCGCCGCUCUGCGGGCGCUGGGGCUGCGGCGCCACGCGGACGCCUACCCCCUCCACAAGCUGCUCGCCGACAUGGACAGCCUCGCCAUGCUGGCCCUGUACUCCGUCUGCUACGCUCCUCUCUCCACUGCCACCGACCAGCGCGGCGUCGCCAUAGUGGACGGUCUGGGCGUCGCUGCCGACUACAGCGAGGCUCUCGUUAGGCUUUACAGCGACCCCACUCUCAUAUCCUACUGGAGGUUCAUCAACCCCAUUCUUGAGAAAAUGCCGGAAACUGAUGACAGGCUUCCUCCGCCAGAGUGGCUGGAUGAGAAGCUGGUGGCGCAGGCGCUCAGGAGAGCUGAGCAGGACGAGGAGCUGGAAGUGGAGGCGCUGGACGUGGGGUACGCCUGCGGCCGCGGCGUCAACUUCCUCAGCGAGAUGCUGCGCGUGACCGCGACCGUCAAGAGGGGCGCGGGGGUGGCGCGGACACAGCGGCGGUCGCUGCUCGCCAAGUGCCUGCUGCGCGCGGGCCCGCUGCGCAGGGUGGUGCAGGAGGCGGGCAUCUUCCUGAGGGAGACGCUGUUCUACACGGUGAUGCUGCCCGCCGCGGUGGCGGCGCUCCAGGCCGCGGAGGGCGACAGGUGGAAGCCGCUGGCCGCCCGCUGCUACCACAGCGGCUCGCGGCCCAUAGACUUCCUGCUGCUGGAGGACCUGGCCGAGGCGGGCUUCGCCAUGUCGCCCCGCGGCCGGCUGCUGGACAGGCAGCACUGCUCGCUCGUCCUCGAGACCUUGGCGCGCCUGCACGCCGCCUCCGUGCUUCUGGCAGACCACGAGGCGCUCGGCGCCGAAAGCUUCUCGCAGCACCCCAUGUUUACUAAAUACGGCAGAGAGCAUUUCUCGGUUGUCACCGAUAGGCUGUAUUCCGCGCUGGCAGAUGUUCUAGGGACGAUUGCCGGAUGCGAGAAGUACGCGCUGAUGUAUCGUGAUACCAAAUCUACCGUAUUUGACAAGCUAGAGGGUGUCUUCGACAGCUGCCGGCCUCAGCUGAAAGUUUUGGCGCACGGUGAUUUGUGGAAGAACAACAUCAUGUUCCGAUAUGUUGAUGAUCGCCCUGUCGACGUGAGAUUAGUAGAUUUCCAGAACUGCUUCUGGUCCUCGCCUGCUGCGGACCUGCAGCACUUCCUGGGCAGCAGCGCCAGCCUGGAGGUGCACCAGCAGCACGUGGAGGGCCUGGUGUCGGAGUACCACGCCGUGCUGCAGGGCACGCUGCGCGCCCUGGGGCUGCACCGGCAGGCGGACGCCUACCCCCUGCACCAGCUGCGGCUGGACAUGGACCACUUCGCCGCACACGCACUCUGCAUGGCGUCAGUGAUGCCACCCAUGAUUCUAGCGCCCGAAUCCCUGGGCAAGGACGCCGAGGAAGCCGUCAACAACAGCCAACGCGAUGAUACAUUUUUCAGACAAAUCGUAUCCAACCCUGAAUUCAUUUCACGCAUCAAGUACGUCCUGCCAGCAUACGAAAAGGUUGGUGCGAUGUAGCAGGGGAAACUCGUUUCUGAUGAACAGAUUCAAAGACCAUCCUUUCUUUCUUCUGGAAGGAGUCACACAAUGCUCAGGCAGACUGUGAAUGCUGUUCAGUACCGUUUAGGCACCCCUGGAGUCAAACUUUACGUGGACUCAUGAUUAGCACUACAAUCUUAUGAGCAAGUGUUCCUGUUUAUGAAAGAGUAUUAAUACACUCACUGUUAGAAGUGGUUCUCCGAUACGCAGAACAGUAACAGCUAAAUUUUUUAUGUAAUGCUACUUAUUAAAAUGUAAUUUGCUAAUAUGUAACUUUUAAUAAAUGCACUGAAACGAAGUGUAUGGAUCGAUGGAUUUGAAAUCAAUAAAGAUACAAUGACACGGAACUAUAUAAGUAAAACGGUUCAUAUAUACCAAACUUGCAACGUACUGUACACUAUCGACAAUUUACCAUUUGUGUCAGACCACGAUUCGAAAUGGAUCCCAAUAUACCGUGAGCACUCGCAUUAACCACAG